AUGAUGGACACGACUGAUCGCGGGAGCUUAUACGAGCACGACAUCCCGUCGCUGAGCGCGUCGCUCGAAGCCUUCGACCCGGAGCGCAGCAUGCACUCGGCCUACAGUGGGCGCUCCAACAUGCAUUCGUCGCGCUGGAGCGUGCCCCAGGACGAGGUAGACAGUGAAACCGAGUCGGACGGGCCGUGGGCGCCACCCGCAUGGCAAAAGUCGCAAUCUAGCAAUCACUGGUACAGAAAGUCGCUGCUUGGUGAAAGCGCCAUGCGCAACAGCCCGUCCAAGUCGCCGUUUGAGUACCGCACCGAUCGCGACGUCACACCCUCGCGCAUACCACUGCCAGAGUCGCCCUACAAGCAAACACCGCGCACCAGCCCCGAACCCAUUCCCGAGGAGGAGCAGAGAUACAUGUCGACCAACAUUGCGUCGCGACUACAGAGCCCGGAGGAGGAGCCGCAACCGAGCGCGGGCGCAUUGGCGGGGACCGAGUCGACGUUGUCGCAACAUGACGAUGGGCCAGUCGAGGGUUUCAUGCGCUUUGCGUACAGAGGAGAAGCUAAGUUCCGCACAGCGCCUAUCGAAGAUACAAUCACCACCUUCGCAAGUGGCCUUCACAUCUUUACGAGGUCAAGAGCCAACCUUAUCUUUACUGUCGCGACUCUUUUAAUGUCUUACCUAUUGCUGCAUCCCUGGCAGGCCAGUCUUAUUCCUGAUGUCGCAAACGUCGCCAGCAUGGCGAAACAGUUUGAGCCUUUGCUAUACGCUUCAGAGAGUGUCAUUCCACGGUCGCGCGAGCUCGCAGACGCCAGCAUCGCCGUGCAAGACCUGGGAGAGAGCGUCCGCGCGACCAACAUGUCUGCGUCGCCUGUUAUCAUCGAUCAGCUGGACGACCUAGGCGAUAGUCUCAGGAUCCUAUCCGAGAAGAUUACCAGCUUCUUUACCAACGUAGAUGGCGACAUGGACUCCAUCCUCAUUACUAUGGAGUGGGCCAAGCGAGAGUUAGCAAGUAUUCAGGGCCCAAAGGUUGGCAUGAUUGACACAGUCAUCGACAAUGUCCACGGCGGCCUCAACGCGAUUGGCCUGCUUGAGCGCAACGGCGAAGCUACAGCCGUUGGCCGUGUUGUCAACGAUAUCCUGGGACAUACUACACAACAGCGGUCGAAAGCUACCCUGCAGCGCACGUUCGACUACCUCCUGACCACUCUAGAGGAGAACAUUGCAAAUGAGCUCGCGCGCGCAGACGUCCUCUUCCAACUCUUCGAGAGUGUAGACCGCCAAUUCCACAACCUCCACCGCUCCGUUGCCAAAGAAGAAGACUCGCUCGCAAACCGCAAAGACGAGUUCCUCGCUUCCAUGUGGCGCACCUCAAUCAACAACAAGAUGAAGAUCAAAAAGUACGAGAAGAACCUCAAGCUACUCAAAGACGUGCGCGCGUCGACCCUCAUCAACAAAUCCGAGCUCAAAGUGCAUAUCCAAAUUAUCCAUUCCGUCAGAGACCAGCUAGACAAAGCACGCAAGAACCUCAUCAGCCCUCUGAUACGCGCCGCGCAGAGCAACAGCUUUGGCCUAGACCAGCAAUUGAACGACCUGACGGGUACAUAUGGGUUCCUGAAGACGCUGAGAGACGACCAGAAGAAGAAGGUUCGACAGCAAAUGUGGGGCGAGCCCAAGAAGCGCAUUGCCAUUACUGCUGGUGGCAAAGAAGAGGAAAUCGAGGGGGACAGCGAGUAA